AUACUGAUCUUGUCUUUGUUAUUUUUUUCUUUCCAGGUAUUAUAUCAGUGACAAAUGACAUUAUCUCUGCCUCCUGCACUUGUACUACCUUGCAGAACUUUACCAUAAGAGCAAGAUAUACUUCCUAUAUGUAAGCUGUCUUACUGUAUACUUACAUGAUCACUUGCUUCUUCCUCCUUCUAACUAUAGUUUUUUUUUUUUUACUGCUUUCUUAUGGACAGUAUUAUCAUCCCUCCCUACUAAUUGUCAUAACGUAGAUAAGGAGCUCAUCACUGCCUGCUUAGCUAUCCUGGACCAGAUCAGGAACCAGUCUCACUUCUCCUACCUCGAUACACUUAUCUUUCCAACUGCCCUCUGUGUUGACAUGUUCUUACUUGCAAAUGAGGGCCAGAGAAUCAUAAUAGCUAACAAUAUUGGCAAGAUAGUCCAUCUUGCCAACAAGUAUCCUAGUAGCUGUUGGGAUUUCUUUAGCAGUAGUACUCCCUGUACCUACAAGUCUGGUCUAAGCUGGUAUGUCCCAGAAGACCCUGAGGCUCAAGGUAUUGAUUGUGAGGCUUGCCCAGUUCACUGUCAUCUUAUUAUGCCUACUUGGCUCUUGAUGGGACAGUGUAUCUAUAAUGGCCUUAACUCUAUAGCUGUGGAAUAAACAUCAAUCAAUCCUGUCACCAAUAUUGAAGUAGGAGAUACAUCACCAUCCUGGUUACUGAUUCUUUCUAUGUAUAGGAAACCUGACUCUGUCAUCUGUGAUUGCACUAUCACAACUGCAUUUAUGGUCUAGAAGAUCCUUACUGAAGCUGGCUUCCCAGCCAUUGAGGUGGUCUUUA